CUAAAAAAACUGCCACAGUCGCGAUCGGUUGUGUCUCCUUGUUUUCGGUGCCCGUUUUCUCGCGUAAAAUCGUUCUGAUUUUAGCACGAAAUGGAACGGAAUAUACUCCCAUCGGUAGAACGGUGACCAGUGCAGUGAAUAGCGUUCAAAUUCGACGGAACAGGUCCUGAUCCGUGGACCAAAAUCGAGAUUGCUUUUGCGCCUCCUCGGCUAGUGACCCAGCCUGUUGUGUGUGGUUGAAGAUUUUCCUCCCUUUUUUUUUUUGCUGGAUGGUGGUGUGUGGAUGUUCCGAGUCGAUCGCUGGUGCACGCGUGUGUGUACGGCUGGGCUGUUGACAAGAGUGGUGUUUGACAACUUCUUGCUUCUCCGCAGCUCGCUCCGCGGAGUCUCGCGUUCCGAAUAAUAUCAUGGGAAGUGCGAUGUAGUGUAGUGGUAAAAGUUUCUGCGAGGGAACCCAACAAGCAAAAAAUAGGUGAAAGAAGCAAAAUAACAAAGAGUGUGUGGCUUCGAAUUGUUGUCAUCGUGCGUGGCUAAUUCAGGGAGGUUUUUCACCUAGUUGGAUCGAAGUGUUUCUAGUGGUGAUUUAGCUCUAGAGAAAAUUUAAAGCAAUAACUUUAAGAUCCUUCUAAGGAGGGCAAUAUUGUGCCCAAAAUAUCAGUAUUCCAUUAUUCCAGUGAGAAGAAUAGAGUAUGCCUGCUUGUGAUCCGGUUUAGUCAACCCAGUAGCUAUUAAGUUAGUGCACGAAUAACGGAGAAAAGGUGAACCGAAGAGUUGAAAUAAGUCUGCGCUUGGAUCAAGUUGCUGCUUUGUGCAUGUUGUGAAAAUGUUCUCCAAAAAGAAGAAAAAGCCACAAAUUUCAUUCCCGAGUAAUUUCGAACACCGCGUUCACACGGGCUUCGAUAAACGGGAGGGAAGAUACGUUGGCCUUCCGCUACAGUGGGCAUCUAUCGUAGGAAACAACCAGAUAUUGAAAUCCACCAAUCGACCGCUGCCUCUGAUCGAUCCUUCAGAAAUCACACCAACGGAAAUCCUCGACCUGAAAACUAUCGUUCGACCGCACAACACUUCCAGUGCAGCAUCAACAACUGGUAGCGCAGGAGAACCGGGAAAGCUGGUCCUUCCGAAAACAUCCAGUGUGGCUCGAUCAAAUUCCUUACGAAGUUCUAGUCCUCCAAGGGUUCGUCGAGGAGAUUUGCGUGCGAAUACCAAUGUCCCUCCUUCAGUUCCGGAAGAACCCCUUCAUCUCGGAGGUGGUCAAUCCCCAUUUCCGUCCGUAAAUAAUAACUUCCCCCCGGUACCAGCUAAACAGUCCUUCCCUGGCAACCCUAUCCAUCCCCAUCAACAAACACAACCCGGUUCCACUUUCCCGGAUAGUCAGUCCAACUUCAACCAUCUGAAUAACAACUUUGAACCACAGCAUCACCCGCAUGCCCAUCAACAUUCGCAUCAACUGCCUUACAGCCACCACCACCAGCAGCAACAGCAGCUGCAUCAACAACAACAGCAGCAGCAACAGGGUGCCCACCAUCAUCAUCACAUGAAUGGGCAUCUUGGAGGACCACAGCAGCAGCAGAAUGUUGUCGGUACGAAUGGAACCCAUCUCUCGAAUCCGGUGAAUGUGGUGACGGAAGGCGGAGCACUGUACCCGAAUAGGUCACAAAAAUCUUCUCCAACCGGUUAUCCCCACCAGUCCUACCCGGGUCAAUAUCCGGGCACACUUCAAGGCCAUCAACAGCAGCAUGGAAGCGGUCCGCCACCGUUGCACAGUAAACCCAACUUUAACAGUUCACCACUGGGUCAAGGUCCAUCUUCUGCCCCGCCCUCUCAUACCAAUCAUGUGCACCAUCAAGGCAUGCACGGACCAACGGCGACCGGUCAGCCGGGUAUGGCAGCACCACAGCUUGAUCUUGGGCCCAGCAAUCCCGUUCCUCAUCAUCACCACCAUCAUCCAAAUCACAUGGGUGGACCUGCUGCCGCGUCUACCCUUCAACACCAGCAGCAGCAACAGCAGAAUCAUCCACCUCACCACCACCAUCAGCAGCAACAGGCUAUGCCGCCCGGUAGCAACGGUCCCAUGAAUGGUCCCGGUCAGUUCCCAGGUCACCAUCAACCCACCAUACACCACAAGAUGCCAUCGCCCGCUUCGAUUGCAGGAUCGACUGCGGAGCCGAAUGUAAAUAGUAUGAACAACAACCAUCCCAGUACAAAGGCCAACUCGCGAGCUUCCAGCUCCAGCGGUGGAAACAUCUCGGUGGCGCAUAGUACGACCUCGUCUGUGCAAACGGGAAGCGCCAGCCAAGGUGGUUCCGGGUCGACAAAAACCGAGCAGCGGUUAACCCACGAGCAGUUCCGAGCAGCAUUACAGAUGGUCGUUUCAGCUGGUGAUCCGCGAGAGAAUCUCGAAAACUUUACCAAAAUCGGUGAAGGAUCCACGGGAACAGUUUGCAUUGCGACGGACAAAUCGACAGGUCGUCAGGUCGCCGUCAAAAAGAUGGAUCUGCGAAAGCAGCAACGGCGGGAGUUGCUGUUCAACGAAGUCGUCAUCAUGAGGGACUAUCAUCAUCCUAACAUUGUGGAAACCUACAGCAGCUUCCUGGUGAACGAUGAGCUUUGGGUCGUGAUGGAGUAUCUGGAGGGAGGUGCCCUGACCGACAUUGUUACCCAUUCGCGCAUGGACGAGGAGCAGAUUGCCACCGUGUGUAAGCAAUGCCUGAAGGCACUGUCAUAUCUACACUCGCAGGGUGUGAUUCAUCGGGACAUCAAGUCCGACUCGAUUCUACUAGCGUCCGAUGGUAGGGUUAAGCUGUCCGAUUUUGGCUUCUGUGCGCAAGUGUCGCAAGAGCUGCCGAAGCGUAAGUCACUGGUCGGCACUCCGUACUGGAUGUCACCUGAGGUAAUCUCUCGGCUUCCAUACGGGCCCGAGGUGGACAUUUGGUCCCUUGGUAUAAUGGUUAUUGAGAUGAUCGACGGUGAACCGCCGUUCUUCAACGAACCCCCGCUACAGGCCAUGCGAAGGAUCCGGGACAUGCCACCGCCAAAGUUGAAGAAUUCUCAUAAGGUGUCGAGCCGGUUACAGAACUUCCUCGAUCGUAUGUUGGUCAGGGAUCCGGUACAGCGAGCAACCGCUGCCGAGCUACUAGCUCAUCCCUUUCUUAGACAGGCCGGACCACCGUCCCUGUUAGUUCCGUUAAUGCGCGGAGCUCGACACAGUAAUUGUUAAGUUUUCUACCGAGUACUCGGAACGUAUUCUGGAAUAAUGUUUUAGCACGGCUCGAACCUUAAGGAUUAUCGAAACGAAAGUGACCUUCGGAUUGUGUAUAUAGUUACGACAUUAGUGAAACGAGAAUAAAUCAUUCAUGUUCUCUGCUUCUGAUCAAGCGACUUAUUGUCGCUGACGUUGUGCAGCGCUAUCACUGCGCUUUAUCGAGCACGUUUUACUUCGAACCAGGAACCAAGUAACGGUUUGUAUUUUAAACAUAUUUUAACGUAAUUAGUUUGUUGAAAGCUAAGCUAUUUUGCCUUAUAUAAUUCGUUAUAAGAAUAUUUUACACACAUAGCUAGUGUAGGAGAGAUAUGUAGCUAAGACAAUUGAACGCCCUUGAUUCUCUGGACAGCAUUUUCUAGUAAUAAUAGCACACAAUUCGUUCCACUCACACAUAGAACCUAGCUUUAGAAAGCAAAAUCUCCUUCAACACACGAAUCAACAGUAUCGAAAACAGCGGAUAAUACGUUACUUAAAGGAAACGAACCGUAAACGAAACAUUCCAGCAGUAUUUUCUAGCAAAUACGCAGCCAACGAAUCCUCUUUCAAUCUCCAAAUCGAACAGAAAAGAUAGUGUCAAUGGGCAAUCACUGCAUUUGCCAUUUACGAUUGUUUUAAUUUUACUACUACGAAUGUUAAUUGUUUUUAAAACGCCAGGAAUAGUAUUUUAGUUCAACUAAAUGCGUUCGGUUUACACGAAAUUUUACACGCUACCUAGUUUUAGCUAUUGUUUUCGUGCAGUCUGAUUGUACGGAAACCCAGAAACGAUUCCCACUCAAGUAUUUAUUUUUUUCUUCUCAACGAAAAACAAAAACAAUCUUCCACAAUCCACUCAAAGAAAGUUUUGCAACAACUUUCCCUCCGAGAGUACUCUCAAGCGGUAACGAUAAGGACUGAGACACGAGAACAUAGGAAUUACAUAUAUUUAAUGUAGGCAUGAGUAUCGUUUGCGAUCACAGGAAACGAAUGGCAGCGAAUGGAAUUUAUUUUAAAUGGUGAGAUAUGUUUACAAUUUAUACAGUUACAGUUUAUUAUUGGUAUUAUAUGACUAAAUGAGCAUAAAGUACGUUCUACUUAUACAAUACAACUUAUAUACAUGGAAUGUUGCUGUAAAAAUGAACUCUAAUCAUAUUGCUAGCUUAUUAAGAAAAACCUACUACUUAGGGAAAUAGUACGUUAAAAGCAUGUUAUGAAUGUAUAAAUCUCGAGAGAUUUUAAAUAAACGUAGUAGUAAAAA